CGCCAUUUUUGUCGUAGAAAACCGAACACAUUUUGGGAACUAAACUCUUUGUGAAAGAUGUCAAAGCGUGACAAAGAGAGAGAUGAUCUCAAGUAUGCCGUAGAGAAAGCUGUACAGAAGUUCUUAGGGUUCAGUGAGCCUACACUUGUCACAGCCUCCAUCAACUGUAUAGACAAAGGAUAUGACAGAAGAAAGGCAAUUUCAAAGCUCUCCUCCUAUCUCGAUGAUCGCCAGGCAUCUAAGUUUGUUGAGAAGUUAUUUGAUGUAGUAGACAGUAACAGUCGGCACAGGAGCCACAGUAGCAGCAGUAGUAGUAGCAGUAGUAGCAGAAAACGUAGAGACAAGGAAAGGAGCAGAGAUGAUGAGAACACAGAAGAAGAUGUCUCAAAGAGUAAGAAAGUUAAGAGAUUUGAAGAGACAAAGCCUCCAACAAAUGUUGUUGUCCCUGAGCCAGGUCAACCAAGUCCAGGACAGCUCACUGCAGAUAAAAUUAAAGAUAUGAUGGCAAGUGCACAGCGAAUGAUCAAGGAGAGAAAGGCACAACUUAAUAUACCUGAUGCACCUCCAGCCAGGCCUCCUCCCCCUCCACAGUCCCAAAAGCUUAUGUCUGAUGCUAUGGAUAAAGCUAAGAAGGCAGCAGAUCUGCAAGCAAGGAUCCAAGCACAGUUGGCUAAUGCAGGCAUAGGAGUUGGGGUAUCUCCAAUCAAACCUCCACCACUACAACAAUCCCCUGCUGAAGCUAUCAUACCUGGACAACCAACCCCUCUAAUUUUGGAUGAGAUGGGACGUACCAUAGAUGUAAACACUGGGGAGACUGUACAACUUACUCAUCAUAUGCCAACACUUAAGGCUAACAUUCGAGCGAAGAAGAGAGAAGAAUUCAAAACUGUUAUUUCUAGACCUCCUGAAGAAAUUAGUGAAUCUAAAUUCUUUGAUCCUAGAGUUGGUGACAAGGGAGCAGUCAGACAGAGGAGAUCAUUUCAGUUCCACGACCAGGGCAAGUUUCAAGAAAUUGCUGCCAGACUGCGUACAAAGGCUCAACUAGACAAGCUACAGAAUGAGAUCGCUCAAGCUGCCAAGAAAACUGGUAUUGCAACUAUGACACGUCUUAUCUCAACCCAACCAAAGAAGGCAAUUGAAGAGGGUGAGAUCCCAAACAUAGAGUGGUGGGACAAUGUGAUACUUCAAGUUGACAACUAUGACAUUGUUGGAGAGAAGGGCUAUCAGGAGAAGAUCAAGGGAGUCACACAUUAUGUGGAACAUCCUAUACAGAUGAAGCCCCCAGUUGACCAGAAGUCCGUUGAGAUCAAGGUGAUGUUAACCAAGAAAGAACGCAAGAAGUUGCGGAGACAGAAUAGAGAGGAGGCACAGAAGGAAGUAACUGAAAAGAUACGUCUUGGUCUCAUGCCUGCACCAGAACCUAAAGUGAAGAUGGCUAACCUGAUGCGGGUGCUGGGUACGGAGGCUGUACAAGACCCCACUAAGAUAGAAGCUCAUGUCAGAGCCCAGAUGGCCAAGAGACAAAGGGGUCAUGAGGAAGCCAAUGCUGCACGUAAACUCACACCUGAUCAGCGUAAAGAUAAGAAAGCCAAGAAACUGAAGGAAGACACAACAAAUGGUGUUCAUGUGGCAAUAUAUAGAAUAAAAGAAUUUAAAAAUCCCUCCAAGAAGUUUAAAGUGGAGGCGAAUGCCAA